ACCAGAAGGUCUACAUUUGUGUUUCUGUGAAAGCCUAAAUCAUGACUUUACUGACAGAGGAGAAACCGUACAAGUUCCCACAGGAGUUGGGAAGCUGUACCACCACCACUACAACCGUAAAGCGCCACUCCAUCGACUGUGGCCCUAACAGUGACUAUGUGGAUGCCAUAGAGGGGGCCAUUUUCAGAUCUGUGGAGCCUCCGAGGAGGUCUCGUUGGCGCCUGAUCAUGCAUGCCUUGGUGAUGUUUGGGAGGGAAUUCUGCUAUGCUGUGGAGGCUGCAUUUGUCACUCCUGUUUUGCUAAGUGUGGGUCUCCCACGAAGCCUUUACAGCCUGGUGUGGCUCAUCAGCCCUGUCUUGGGCUUCAUUCUCCAGCCAGUUAUCGGUUCAGCCAGUGACUAUUGCCGCUCACCAUGGGGACGCAGGAGACCUUAUAUCCUUACACUGGGGGUUAUGAUGCUCAUUGGCAUUACUCUGUUUCUUAAUGGAGAUACUCUGGUAUCAGUGCUGGUACAGAACAUGGGAUGGAAGAAAAUCUGGUCCAUAGUGGUGGUCAUGUUUGGAGUGGUCAUGUUUGACUUUUCAGCGGACUUUAUAGAUGGCCCAGUAAAGGCCUACCUGUUUGAUGUAUGUUCUUACCAGGACAAGGAGAGAGGCCUGCAUUACCAUGCACUGCUCACUGGUCUGGGUGGAGCAUUUGGGUACCUGACUGGUGCGAUGGACUGGGGUCAUUCUGCACUGGGAGCCCUGCUGGGCUCAGAGUACCAGGUCAUUUAUUUCUUCUCAGCACUCACCUGGGUCUUCUUCCUUACUGUGCAUCUCCUGAGCAUUCCUGAGAAUCCUCUGGAAAAGCAGCAUCCCACAGAGACCUUAGUCCCUACCGCCCCCUUGCUGCAGCCAUCAGUAAUGAAUGGUUCCAUGUACGGUUCCACAACUAAAGAACCUGAGCUGCGCCCUCGCUCAUUCUCAGCUUUAAGUGAGGCUAACUCUGUCACAUCAAGCUCCAAGCAGCCGAGCAGUGAGGUACAGAAGAGGAUGACUCUGAAAUCAUUACUGUCUGCCAUGAUUAACAUGCCCAGUCAUUACCGCUGCCUGUGUAUCAGCCACCUGCUGGGCUGGACUGCUUUCCUCUGCAACAUGCUCUUCUUCACUGACUUUAUGGGGCAGAUUGUGUAUAAGGGAAACCCGUAUGCUCCUCAUAACUCCACCGCGUAUUCCACCUAUGAGAGGGGGGUGGAGGUGGGCUGCUGGGGCCUGUGCAUCAAUGCUGUAUCCUCUGCUCUCUAUUCCUAUAUACAGAGGCUGCUACUGCCCUGCAUUGGAUUGAAGGGUCUUUACUUCAUGGGCUACUUCGUGUUCGGACUGGGCACAAGUCUGAUCGGUCUGUUUCCCAAUAUUAUCUCCACACUCACACUGUGCUGUGUGUUCGGCGUGAUGUCCAGCACGCUUUACACCAUCCCAUUCAACCUGAUCUCAGAGUACCACAAGGAGGAUGAGGAGAAGAGAAAGCAGAGUGGGAAGGACGCAUCUGUACUGAGCAGAGGGACUGGAAUGGACUGUGCAGCUCUGACCUGUAUGGUGCAAUUAGCUCAGAUCAUAGUGGGAGCUGGACUCGGAGCGCUAGUCAAUAUGGCCGGUAGUGUGGUAGUGGUGGUUCUGUCAGCUUCAACCGUGUCCCUCGUCGGCUGCUUGUAUAUUACUGUUUUUAUUAAACAUGUACACUGA